GAGGCAUUCAUCGAGCGCCAGUUCCUCGACAAGCACGCCCUGAAGAACGGAGAGAAAGUUACAGCCAAAGGGCUCAGGAACGCAAUCGACAUCUCCAAGAGCCGCAUGACUCUCCUGCAGGAUGUGAGACUGGACACGGACAAGGAGUUCUUGGGAGACAAAGGAGUCCAGGGCUUCAAGACGUUCUUGAUCAAGAGGUUUGGCUCGCUCGUCAACGGUUGGCGAGUGCUUGACAAGGACGGGAACGGCCAUCUCUCCUUCGGCGAGCUCUGCGGGCAGCUACGCAUGCUGGGUUACCACGGCAACUUGAAGAAGCUUUGGGAGGAACUUGAUGCGAAUGGCAGCGGAGCGGUGUCGUUGAUGGAGGUCGACUAUACAACUGGAUACUACGUCGGGACGUUCAAGCGCGCGUUGUAUAGAAAGUACGGCGACAUGCUGAAGGGCUGGCAGGAGUGCAUUGAUAUCAGCGGCGACGGCCGCAUCCAGGAGCAGGAGAUCGUCGAUGCGGUAAAGCGCCUGGAGCUGGACUUGAACGGUAAGAAGUUGUUUCGGAUGCUCGUCGGCGGGCGCAAGGGCCUUGGCCUCACGCUGAAGGACUUCGACCCGGAGUCCUGGCAUCGCUACGUCACCGGCGACAUCCACGGCCUGUUGUCCAAGCCCAGAAUGGAGUUCCUCGAGGACCUCGACGACGACUCGCCGGAGGAGGCGCAGGCGCAGAAGGAGAGCGACCGGAAGGCCAGGUCCGGAGCUCUGCGCAGGUUCCGGAAGCAGAUCAUGGACGCGGAGAAGGCCGCGCAGAGGAAGGCCGACGACGACAUCUCCAGGAUGCGGGCGGGCCUCUACACGGCCGAGGGCUUCAAGGCUGCGCUCUCCAACCGGUGCGGGUCGCUCCUGGGCGCCUGGAGGCAGGCCCUCGACCUCGACGGCAACGGCCGCCUCACCUUUGGCGAGUUCUGCCAGGCCCUUAAGCGCCUGGCCUUCUUCGGCGAGGUCAAGAGCCUCUGGAACCAGCUGAAGCCCAGCGACCGGGACUACAUCCUGUUCUCCGACCUGGAUCCUGACACGGACGCUCAGCUGGCCGAUCUGCAGAGCAAGCUGAAGGACAAGUACGGGAACAUGCUCUUGGCGUGGACCCGGGGGAUGGACACGAUGGGCUCUGGCUGCGUCAACGAGAAGGCCUUUGUCGAUGCCUGCCAGAAGGUUGGAUUCCAAGGGAAGGCCAAGAAGCUGUUCCGUGUGAUGCAGCCUGACGCGACCCGUCGUUUUCUGACGCUCAAGGACUUCGAUACCCAGGCGUACCAGGCCCUCUCCCGUGCGGAUUUCCGGAUGCUCAGCGAGUCGGAUGCUCCCAACGCUGACGGCCGCAGCCCGCUGCAGAUGAGCUUCCACGAGCGCCAGGAGUCUGGCUUCUACUGGAACAUUCGCAGGGCAUGGGACAAGGCCGAGCAGGACGAGUUCGCCAGGGCGUGUCGAUUCAACACGAAGGACUUCGUCAUAGAUUCCGUCGAGGAGUUCGAGACGCUGUGCAGGCGCAACUUCGGGUCCAUGAUGGGCGCAUGGCGCCUCUGCCUGGACUCGGACCACAACGGAAAGCUCACCUUCAACGAGUGGUGCGCCGCUCUGCGCCGCGUGGGCUACUCUGGCGACCUCAAGGCUCUGUUCAAGAAGUACGACAAGGACAAGAAGGGGUACAUCCUCAUAAAGGACAUCGACCCUGCGGCCGACCACAUGAUCAACAGUUUCCUCGCCACCCUGGCGGAGAAGUACGGCACGAUCGACAACGCGUGGACGCGGGGGUUCCACAAGGACCCGCACGAGGCCAUCGACAAGGGGAACCUGCGGGAGGCCGCGGCACAUCUCGGCUGGGAGGGCAACGUCGACGAGCUGUUCAGGAACCUGCAGCCCAUGCCUGGCAGGGUGCUCCUGAGCAUCUGGGACCUGGACCCGGAGUGCAGCCGGAAGCGCGCCAGGGGCGAUGCCCCGCUCAUCAGCUCCCCGCGAAAGCCGGUCACCUCGCCGGAGGAGGAGAGGAGGCUGAGGAAGUUCGGCACGCGCAGCGCCCUGUCGCCGGAGCACACCGCGGGCAGUCUCGGGAGCAGGGCGCAGAGCGCGGGAGCUCUGCUGGAGAACAGCAUGGCCCCCAUCGAGAAGCUUCGCAAGGCUCUCCGCAACCACUACGGCUCUACACUGGCGGCCUGGCGCGCUGGGCUGGACCCGAAGCUCAGUGGGCAGACCAGCUUCGGGACCUUCGUCCUAGUGGUCAACGAGUGCGCCCUGCCGCGCGAGAACGUGAAGGGCAUGUGGGACGAGCUCUGCAACGGAGCAGGUAAGGUGUCCUUCGAAGAUAUCGACCAGGAGGCCUACCAGCUGCUGGGGGCCUUCCGCGAGAGCUUGCUAGGCUCAUCCAGCUGCCUUACUCGUGCCUGGAGGGAGCUGCUCGACGUGCCUGGGCUCCAGUACCUGAGCGAGGACGCCUUCGUCGAAGCCUGCAGACACCUGAGCAGGCCCGUCAGGAAGCCGGCGAAGCUCUUUCGGCUCCUCCUCCCGCGCGCCUCCAAGAAGCAGGUCUGCCUGGAGGACCUCCGGGCCCUGCUCCUGGGGGUCCCGGCGCCGGACCGCGCGGAGGUGUGGGGCGGCACGGAGCCCGCCGCGGCGCCCCCGUCGCCGCAGGAGGCAGAACAAUUACGAAAGCAGGCACCAUACCCAUCGGUCGUUGAAAGUAGGAUUUUUUGUGGAUUCCCAGAUUUCGAUUUAAUCUAGGCGCCCUCAUACUUCAAUGUUCGAGGGGCUUCACCUUUGCCGUCCUCUUCAGGGGGCGGGCGGGCACCCAAUCUACUUUCAACGCCUUCCUACCUCAUGUUUCUACCUGCUUCUCCCGGCCGAUGGGUAAGCAGAAGCCUUCGGAGCUCCGCCCAGAUUCCGUGGAUCUGCGCGGGGCCCCCCCUGGCGGCGCCUCUCGCCGGCGCCGCCCCCGGGGCGCUCCGCGCGCCAGGGAGGGGGGAGCCCAGCCCCGAUCCAAGAAAGCCGCGCGGACCUCCGGGAGCUGGUGUGUCAAGCAGCUCUUCCUGCCCCAGGAGAAGAAGCAGUCGCCGCAGGACCUCAAGUACAGGC